AUGAAGAUCAUAAGCAAGCAUAUUAAUUGGAAAACAAGGACAUUUGUUAGAAUAGCAUUGGAGAUCGAUACAGAUGACGCGUGGAAUCUUUAUAAUUUAAUUCAAAUUGGGGAUUUUACUUUUGACUUUGAUGCUGAGUCAGAUACCAUUAGAAUAACUGGAACUAAUGCUGCUGAGAACAAAUAUCUAAAGUUAGGUUAAUACUAAUCAUUAGAAAUUUAAGCCCCUAAAACCUUGACCUUAAUUAAACCAUAAUUUGACAUCAUUCACUUGAAGAAACUAUCUGAUGCGAGUGAUCUGUAGAACCUUGGUCAUGUCUGUGUCAUAGUUAUGGAAGAGGGUAUAGCUCAUUUAUUUUUGGUAGGGAAAAAUACAUCAAAACUCAAGGCAAAAGUGGAGAAGAGAAUUUCAAAAAAGAAGGCAUAUGCAAGUUAGCAUGAUAAGCAGAAGAAUAAGUUCUUUGAAAAUGUCCUUCAAGCAUUAAUGCAGCACUUUAUUCAAGGCCAAUAAUAGUUAAAAUCUAUUGUAAUUGGUUCACCAGGAUUUGUGAAAGAUGCGUUUUAUGCCUAUAUAAAGCAAGAAUCAGACAAGGCUCACAAUGUCUUCAUGAAGCAAUGUAUUGAAAAGAUCAUUCUCACUCAUACAUCAAGUGGAUUCAAACACUCACUUAACGAGGUAAUGUCAAGUAAGACAGUUUAGGACAAGAUAAAAGACUUAAGUGUAUUUUCAGAGUCAAUAUAGUUAGACAAGUUCUUUGAAAUCUUGUCAAUGGACCCUGAUAAAGUGUGCUAUGGCUAUAAAUCAGUAGAUUACGCAAUGAAAAGCUCAGCAGUUGAUACAUUCUUGAUAUCGGAUAAGUUGUUUAGGGCCAAGAAUGUAGUCGUUCGGCUCGAUAAUCUAUCUGGAGUAGCUGCAAUUUUAAGAUAUCCAUUAGCUGGUAUAGAUGACAUUGAAGAAGAUGAUAUUGAUAUUGAUGAGCUUAUAGAAUAAGAAGGAGAGCAAAGGGAUGAGGAAUAGAAACAAGAUGAAACUAAGGAGAAAAAGCUUACUUGGGAUGAGUAGCAAUUAGAAAUAUUGCUAGGAAAUUUCGGUGACCAAGAGGAGGAGGAUGAAGAAGAAGAAAUUGUAGAAUGA